UGCCGGGGCAUGGAGGGCGAGAGCACGUCCGCCCUGCUCUCGGGCUUCGUCUUCGGCGCCCUCGCCUUCCAGCACCUCAGCACGGACUCGGACACGGAAGGUUUCCUCCUUGGAGAUGUGAAGGGUGAAGCCAAGAACAGCAUUACCGACUCACAAAUGGAUGAUGUUGAAGUCGUUUAUACAAUUGAUAUACAGAAGCAUAUUCCUUGCUACCAACUGUUCAGCUUUUAUAAUUCUGCRGGAGAACUGAAUGAACCUGCCCUGAAGAAAAUAUUGUCAGGCUGCAAAAAGAGCAUAAUAGGAUGGUACAAAUUCAGACGCAACACAGACCAGACGAUGACAUUCCGAGAAAGGCUUCUUCACAAGAAUCUGCAGUCACACCUCUCAAAUCCAAGCCUUGUCUUCCUUUUAUUAACUUCCAGCAUGAUGACAGAAAGUUGUUCUACCUACAGACUGGAGCACGCUUUACACCGACCACAGGAGGGUCUUUUCCAGAAAGUUCCUCUGGUGGUCACUAACCUGGGUAUGGCAGAACAGCAGGGCUACAGAACAGUGUCUGGUUCCUGCAUAUCUGCUGGCUUUGUGAGAGCAGUAAGACAGCACAGGUCAGAUUUCUUUUAUGAAGAUGGAUCUUUACAAGAGGUUCAUAAGAUUAAUGAAAUGUAUGCCACCUUGCAGGAAGAACUGAAGAACAUAAGCUCUACUGUAGAGGUCAGUGAACGAUCUGUAGAGAAGCUCUUAGCAGAAGUGAAGCAGUUAAAAGAAGAAAUAAAGAGGAAAAAGCAAAACAAAGAUUCUCCGGGAAAGGGCAAGAAUCACCGAGGAGAGCCCAAGGAGAAUGUUUUCCUUUGUCAGGCUUUGCAAACCUUUUUUCCAAAUUCUGGACUCCAGACAUGCACUGUUUCCUUCCAAGGCAGACAGAUAUUUAAGAACUGCUGUAACACUGACCAUAACAUUAAUGUGGUAGACAAAUUGACUCUCAUGGUAGAGGACAGAGACUUCACUGAAGCCGAAACAAGGCAGCUAACCAAACGUAAGGGCAGAGGGACCACAGCAGGACCAAAAUCACUCAAGAGAUCAAGAACGCUUCAGCUUCACCAAAAGGUACUUCGAGACCAAGACGACAGUGACCAGGAAAGGAAGCUUACCCUGAGCAGCACUGAAACAGAUGAGGAGGUGUUAGAAAAGCUGAAGGACACAACUGAAUACUCACAGUCUCCCACCUUCUAAGUGCUUAGCUCAGGUGCUUUGUCCACAUGACUACAUCUGCACCAAAAGCACCUGCUGGGAUGUUUAAACUGUCUCCUAUGAUUUACAGUACUGCAGGGAUAAAAGAGACAUGCUAAGUUUAUGAAGUAUAUACUUAGUUUGAAACGCAUUUGUCUGAAAAUACAAAGCAGAGUCCAAAACACUUCCUCAUUCUGCCUUCCACAAAUAAUUCUGUUCUUUCUCUCAGGGUUUAAAUAUUACAUGAGUAGAAUGGAAGCAGAGACACAUCACAUACUGCCCCAGAGUGACACAGCUUGAAGCUACUGCUAGGAGACCCCAUACCACGCCUGGGCAAGUCUUUCCUCAGCAGAAAGUGCUCAAGAGGAUUAAGGCAGCCCAGAUAACACAAGAGCAGCAGCUGCCGUUUACAAACCAGAGUCUACCUACCUCUACCCAUGCCUUGCUACCCAGGACUUCACAAGCCUCUCCCCAUUUACAGUCCAACAAGGGAAAAGCAGCUGUUUUACUUUGAAGCUUCCUAGCAGGAUAAGUAGUCUGUACAACUAAGGAGUCUGCUAUUAACUUUUACCUUCCUUCCAGAGACUUCUCCACAGAGAAAAAACUCUCA